AUGAUCGGCCCCAACCGCCGUAUCUCACGAGGACGAUCCCGGAGCGGGUGCUUGACCUGCAGAAUCCGCAGAGUCAAAUGCGACGAGGCAAAACCUACCUGUCAGAAAUGCCACUCCACCGGUCGAAAAUGCGACUAUGUCGAUCCUGUGAAAUCCGACUCGCAAGAUUUACAGAUGGUUCAUCACCUCCCUGGUAUUUCACAGCCAAUGCAAAUGUGGAAGAUGCCGCAGUCAGACCAAUUUAUACAAGAGCCGGAAUAUCGAUCGCUGGAAUUCUUCCAGCUUCAUACCACACUUUGCUUCGGAAGAGAUAUCGGGCUAUAUCUUUUACAAGCAGCAUACCAUGAACCGAUUAUCCGAACUAUAGCCGUGGCAAUUGGCUCUCUGCAUCGCUCUUUCGUGCACAACGAUAAAGGGUUGUUGACAACCCGCGAGCAAACACGAUUUACUCUGCAACAUUAUAAUAAAGCGAUUCGAAAGUUGGUAGCAAUCGAUUCUCAGCAUUCCCCUCAGGCAAACGACACUUUUUUAAUUGCUUGCAUUCUAUUUUAUUGCUUCGAGUGUCUUCAGGGACACUACAGAUCUGCCGUGCAGCAUGGAACUUCGGGUUUGAGAAUCAUCAAGCAGCAGCAAAUGCUGGCAACUGGUCAAAAUUUCCCGAGAUACAUGCCUCGAGAGACCGUGGCACUGCUCUUUGCCAUGUUAGAGAGUCAAAUCCUGGAAAUAGAAGGAGAAGUCUCCUUCGCUGAUGAGUUGCGACCGGUGUUCUUUUCGUCAUUUCAUACUCCGGCCUUCAGCCCCUUUCAUCCGCCGUCAAAUAUUGAGGAAAUGGAAACUUGGCUUGAACUCCUCUACAACAAAUUCACUCGCUUUGAAAAUACAUGCGAAGCGCUCAGGGAACAGCUCGAUGGCCAGGAAUUUGAAUUUAUCGCUCACAUCCAGCAUCUCCAAGAAAAACAUUUUCAAGUGCGCGCUGAUCUAGAAGCAUGGAUCCUCGUUUUUGAAUCCUGGCUUGAUGCCGGAGGCGCAGAACAUAGCGAACAGCCACAUAGCGUUCUCAUCCUCAAAAUUUGGAAGGUGCUCAUCUCUAUCACGCUACGGCUAGAGUUGCCGCAUUCCGAACUCUCGUGGGACCAGCACCUGGACGAUUUCGCACUGAUGAUCUCUUUUGUUUCGGAUUUUCUUGGUCUUCCACCAUCUCCUAAAACGGAUUCCGGCUCCCUUUCACGAGAUCCAACUCCCCCGUUGAUGGACAAGGCGGGGUCAUCUCUGCCGACUCUUCGUCCUAGGCCGUCUAAGACACUGGUGUCGACAUUCUCGAUAUCCCUUGGGAUCGUCACACCGUUGUUCCUAUGUGCGACCCGAUGUCGGGAUUCCUCUAUCAGGCAUCGAGCCAUCGAUAUACUUUCCACUUGUCAGCGUCGCGAAGGGUUGUGGGAUUCGGAACUUGCUGGGCGUGUGACGAGACGAAUUGCUGCAAUUGAGGAAGCAGCAGCUGGUAUCCAACCUGGCGUUCGUUAUACGUGCUCGGACAUAGGUGAAGAUGCUCGGCUCAGCUCUUUUACUCCUCAGUAUGGACAGGGGAGAGAGAUAAAAAUAAGGUAUAAUUGGGCACGGGGUGGGACGAGUCUCAUUGAAGAAACAUUUACUUGGUAA